AUGGCCGGUGAAACGAAAAAGUUACAUCCAGCCUUUGCUGUCACCAACAUCAAAACUCUUAUACCCAUUCUCCUGGACAUCAAACAGGAUAAAUAUUCUUCAUGGGUUUUCCUUUUCGAACUCCAUCUCCAAGCUCAUAAUCUAGUUUUUCUCAUUGACGGCUCAGCAACUCCAACAGAUCUUGAUGCCGCUACCAUAAAAAAGCUAGAUGCACUCUGUCGCCAGUGGAUGUUCUCUUCCAUGGCCAAAGAUUUGAUGCUCACCGUUCUCAAAUCAGGCAAAACUGCUAAAGAAAUCUGGGAUCACCUCAAGAAGCUCUUUCAAGACAACAAAGGCAGCCGCGCAGCAACCCUUGAAAGUAAGUUUGUUAACCUUAAAUUUACUGACUGUAAUGGUGUUGAUGAUUACUGUGAUAAACUUAAAUCGUUCUCCGACCGAUUAAGUGAUCUCGACUUCCCGAUGAAUGACAAGUGUUUGGUUAUUCAACUUGUCAAUGGCCUUACGGAGGAAUACAACACUGUUGCAUCUUUCAUUCAACAGUCCAUGCCUAGUUUUGAUUCUUCCAGAUCUCAACUGAGAACGGAAGAGAUAAGGCGUUCUCAACAAACCCUAAAUCCUACACCGACGGCACUGGCUGCUGCUGCCUCCCCCGUGCAGCGCCAAAAUCAGCGAAAACAUCGUCCCAGCAACAGCAAACGUGGUCCACGACCACCCUCCAGCGGUAAUGUUAACUGGACCCAAAGCCCAGCGGCCCAACCACCUCUCCUGCCAACUCCCAGCAUGCAUCACACGGCCCAUCAGACUCCAGGCUACUCCCGUCAGCCCAACUACCAUCCUCACUGGUCUCCCUACUGGCCUGUGCCUCCCUGCCCGUACCCUACAACCCCUGCUUGGCAACCACGCCCUCCACAACAACACUAA